AGGAAACCAUACCAGCAAUGGGAAACUGUCAAGCGGGGGAAGCAGCCACAGUACUGAUCCAACACCCAAACGGCGCCUCCAUGAAAUUCUACCACUCGCUAAGCGCCAGCCAUGUCAUGGCCUCUAAUCCCGGCCACUACGUCGCGAUCAUCAUCACCUCACAGCCUAUCCCCAACCCCUCCAGCGCCGCCGCUCCAGUGAAGCAACUAAGGCUUCUCCGCCCCGCUGAUAAGCUCCAUAUAGGACAAAUAUACCGCUUAAUUAGCUUCCAAGUUCUUAGCGAACUGGCGUCGAAGAAGAAGGUGAGGCUUAGCAAAAUGAUUCUUGGCUGCGAGGAGAAGAGGAUGAGCGACCAGAGCAGAGGAGGUGGAGAUCGAGCGGCUGAGUCCGGCCGUAUCUCGCUGCCGGCGAAGAUGUUACAGGCGGCGGAGGACUACGAGAAGCAAUGCGGAGGAGGGACUGCCUUGCUUCUGAGGCCUGCGCCAUGGAGGCCAGCUUUGGAGAGCAUCAGGGAGAUUGAACAGAGUUGAGCUCACCGGCGGUGCUGUGAUUUUAUCACAAAAAAAAUGGAGAUUAGUGAAGGAUUUAUGUAUGCAAUCAUUGAUAGAAUGAGGGGAAAUUUUCUAAUUAGAGUUUUU